AUGCCCCCCGUCACCACUUUGGUGCUGGUGAAGGAGCGGCGCCGCACCGAGAGCAUCAACAGCGCCUUCGCGGAGCUGCGCGAGUGCAUCCCCAACGUGCCCGCCGACACCAAGCUGUCCAAGAUCAAGACCCUGCGCCUGGCCACCAGCUACAUCGCCUACCUCAUGGACGUGCUGGCCCGCGACAGCCCGGCCGGCGGGCCCGACCCCUUCAAAGCCGAGCUCAAGAAGGCCGAGGGCAAGCGCCGGCGGGACGCGCAGAGCGAGGGCUUGGCGCAGCCUCCGGGCGCCGGCGAGAAGAGGCUGAAGGGGCGCACGGGCUGGCCGCAGCAGGUCUGGGCGCUGGAGCUGAACCCCUGAGCACGGACACGUGGAGCCCGGUGGGGCUGGGACGAUGGACGCCUGCGAACGCUGCCUAGGCAAGCUCCGGCCCUGGACCCUGCCCGCGGGGAUUGGCACGGGGCCUGCGCACAGAUGCCCCCUUCUCCCCGCCGCCGUUGGAAGUGCCGGGGGGUUUCCACUGUGGCACCGGGCGUCUACCUCACCGCUCCGGCUCACACGAAGGCUCGAUGCGAGGUAAAGCCGCGUUGGGGGAGAGCAGCGCAUCCGCUUACCUGCUGCUGGCCUCGGGGGACCUCCGGGGACCGGACGCCGCCAGCGAGUCGGGGCCUCCUUGCGCUGGGCCCCGGCGAAACCCCGUCCCUUCGUGCCUGCCACCGGGGAGAGGUCAAGCCGCGCACGUCUGCCCCCGGGAAAUCCCAGCGUCUCCCGUUGGACGUACAGCCGGUCAGCCUGUAAAACGCAGACGCACACGCUGAGCGCCCACCCGGGUGUGGAUCUCUCCCCCUGGACCCAGCUGGAGAUGUCCCGGUCCAGCCUGCAGUCCGCACGCCCGACACACACCGCUCUCCAGGCCCGAAGGGGCUGUUUGUGGUCAGCUCGCCCAGCCUGCUGCCUAGCUCAGGACAGAGAAGAGCACCCAGGAAAUGUGAAUAUUUUAAUAUAUUGGUGUGUGCAUGGUUUGGUGGUUGUUUUUUUAUUUUCCCCCCCGCCCCUUGUCGUUGUCGUACCAGAUUCCUAUUAAAUAUGUACAAUGCGCUAUGGAGAGCUCUGCCCCUCUCCGGAAAUAGUUUUUGUGUAGUCACAGGCCCAUAUUUAAUAGAGCGGGGGGCUUGCUAAUAAUUAUUGCACGUAUUUAAUAGAGGGAGAGGGCAGAGCUCUAACUAUUGUACAGUCACGUGCACAUAUUUAUAGAUGAUAAAAAAGAUGAAGUAUCUAUA